GGUCAGGGGUCAAGAGGUAGUGUGAGAACAGGAAGUCUUUCUGUAGCUAAUUAAUAUUUAAUCCACAGAUUAAACUCCACCGUUUGUGAGAGAAAUUAAUGUAUUAUUGAUGAGAUAUGAAAGCCAAUUAGCAUCCAUGAAUGAAUUAUUGAUUACAGACUCUUUUCCAUCCUGAGUUGUUUUCCUUCUUCAUUCUUUCAUUUUUUUGACAGAUGUCAUGGCGUUCCUUAUCCCGGGGCUCAAAAUUCCGUCAUGUUUUCGGAAAGCCAGCCUCCAGGGACCACAGCUAUGACAAUGUACCUAUCACACACAGCGUUCACGACAAUCACCACUGUUCAGCCAAUCCCUGCUUUAUUGCUGUAAUCACUGAGUGUUCGGGGGGCGGAGCCUUCCUAGUCCUCCCCAUCCGACAUGUAAGCGGUUGCUUAUUUGUAGUUAACUGUCUUUUAGUUAUUGAGUUUAAGCUAUUUUGGCUGCUCUUGUAAAACACCAAUUUUGACCAGAUGUUUUGUAAUUAUUCCCAGUUUACUUGUUAUAAGGGUUGAUUGUUUUUUGUUUUUUUUUUAGAUUAACCAAUUGAUUGAGUAAUAAAUACAUUUUGCUGUUUGUUUGUCAGACAGGGCGGGUGGAUCCUCAUCAGCCCCGGGUGUGUGGUCAUAGUGGGCGUGUCCUGGACAUUAAGUGGAAUCCCUUUGAUGAUUACUGUAUCGCCUCAUGUUCAGAAGACUGUACUGUAUGAAGCGUCUUUGUUAUGUGUUAUAUUGCUGUAUUUCUUUGAUUUCCAUCUUUUGUUUUUGACAUUUCUGGGCUAAAUAACCUGUUGUUUGGUCAAUGUUUGUUUACCUGUUGGUCUCUGUGGACACAGGUGAAGAUCUGGGACAUCCCAGUCACUGGGGUCCAACAGAACCUUACCAGGGCCAGGAAGACUUUGAUUGGUCACUCGAGAAGGGUGGGGCUUAUUGAGUGGCAUCCUACAGCUGAAAACCUGCUGCUUAGCUCCGCCUACGACUACAAGGUUUUCCUUUGGGACAUAUCCCAAAUGGGAUCAAUAAUCAGGUUUCCAGUCCGGGUGGUUCUGAUGCCCUUCUACCACCGUUACCCUCCUGAGACCCUUCUGCUAUCAGUUAGCUUCAACAGUGAUGGAAGCAGGUUGGCAGUUACAUCCAAGGACAGGCGGAUUCGGGUUCUGGACCCGCGGACCGGAAAGAUUUUGCAGGUGUGUAUUUUUGUCCUGUUGAGUCAUUUUUAAAACAAAAAAUAAAUACGUUGAUGUUGUUCCAGGUUUCGUGCAACAAGACCCACAGGGCCUGUAAGGUAAUAUACAUCGGACGAUUGCUGCUGUCCACCGGCAGUUCACGAUGGAACCACAGACAGAUUGUCCUCUGGGACCCGGUAAGACCAAACCUACAGCAAGACAACCAUUGUUGCUAAAGGCCCCUGACAUUAGGGUCAUUGUGGCAUUUAAAGCCCUCGACCACCAAAGGUGGCUAAUGGGACUGCUGCCUCCACCACCAACGUGUCCUGUUGAAACUUACUCCAACCACGUUGUCAGAGAUAAUUGUGUAGAGCCCAUGUGGUCAACAAAUAUAUGCGACAUAGAUGAGUUUGUGCCAUGGAAAAAUAUCGAAACAGAAACAGAAAUGCUUUAUUUUCCACAGACAAUAAUUGCCAAACUUCCAGGUCAAUGAGGUGAUGUUUUUUCAUCUGUGUGCAGGACGACUUGUCUGAGCCUGUGUAUGAGGAAGACUUGGACGGAUCUGCAGGAGUUCUCUUCCCGUUCUAUGACCCAGACACACACAUGCUCUACCUUGCUGGAAAGGGUGACGGGAACAUCCGCUACUACGAGCUGAGUGCAGAGAAACCUUACAUCAGUUUCCUGACAGAGUUCAGAUCCUCACUGCCACAAAAAGGUCUAGGUGUAAUGCCAAAGCGGGGCCUGGAUGUUGCCACCUGUGAGGUUUUCAGAUUUUAUCGCCUGAUUGUGGUUAAAGAUCUAGUCGAACCCCUGUCCAUGAUCGUACCACGGAAAGAGCCAGGGAUUUUCCAAGAAGACCUCUACCCAAUGACAGCAGGAAAUCAGGCGGCCAUGACAGCUCAAGAGUGGCUAUCGGGAACCAACAGGGGUCCACUGCUGAUUUCCCUGAAACCAGAGAGUCAAGUAGCCAAUCCUUACCCAGAAACACCAGCUGAGAAGGGGCAGUUGAGGCAACUGAGCAACCGCCAGGUCCAGAAGGUCCCAGGAACGGUUACAAUGACUGGAACACGUCUGGACUUUAUUGAACAGGCCUUCCUUGAAGAGCAGCUGGCCUACCAAGAUGCCAAAUACCCCAGAGUAGUCAGCGACCUGUCGGGUUGGCAACCAGAUGAGACCCAGAUCCCACCAUGGAUAUACUGCUGCACGCCACACUGCUGUGAGCCUGCAGAGAGACCACCACCCACCGCUGAAAAUGAGCUGCUUCAGGCGUUCUACCGUCAGCAGGACGAGAUCAGAGGUCUGAAGGAACAACUGAACCAGAAGGAGGUGAGAAUCGCUCGACUGGAGCGAGAGAUCAAAAACAACAGAAACAGCGUGAGUGCCACCUUCUGAGCAACCAGACCAAGUACCCAGACAAAAACCACUAAAUAAGCCAUUUUUAGUCUUUGGUUAAGAGUGGUUUUAUUGUCAGUUCACGCUUUGGUUAAGAGUGGUUUUAUUGUCAGUUCACGCUGUCCCACCGCUCCCUCUUGUGGUCAAUUUAGGUAACUGAAGUAAUCUGUACUUAAUACCUCUGACACCAAUGUAACAACACUGGUAAAAUAAAUAAAGAGAACUUGUCAUGACUACUUAUUGGAUCUCAGUCUAAGAAUGAAUAAUUUAGUUCCUAAAGUUCCUUUAACAUGUGGACAAACACGUGGGGCAACACAGAGAGCAAAAUGUUAAGAUUUUAUUUACAAAGUCCUCUGUUUUUUGUUUGUUUUAACUUACAGAAAGUAAAAAAAAGCACAAAUAGAAAUGUUCAGCAUUAAAGAGUAACAGAAAAGGAGAGGGAGGAGAGAGAGAGAAAGAAAGUGAGAGGGCGAGAGAGAACCCCAAACAAGGAUACAAAAUUAACAAAAAAAUUCUGUGAAAAAAUAUCUUUUAAAAAGCUCUGAGAGGAGAGAGAGGGAGGGAGAGAGUUGCAGACAAAGAGAGAUUGCCCUGAGCACGCUCGGCCUUCUGUUUCAGAAACUGUGAUGAAAGCAGUGUGUCGGCAGGUCGAGUUGUUCGGUGAUGACAUCACGGGUUGGAGGAGUCUGCUUUUUG